CAUCAUCCAGACUGUUCUCUGGGGUUACUAAACCUUCUCAGUCACUGGGCUCAGGUUAGUGUGAAAGAAGGACUGUAAGAGAUCUGAUUCUAGUAGGCUGCGGGUAAAUAUUAUGAGAAAGAUGUUAGCCAUCAUUUCUAACGUUCUGAGAGGCAGCGCCAGCAGGAACGGGGCAAGAGUGGUGGUAUCUGCCAGGACGUAUGCAGACUUUACCCCUCAGGCCACCUUUGAUAUUAAAAAAUGUGACAUAUACAAGCUGGAGGAGGGCCCUCCACUGCAGGCUGUGCUUACAAGAGAGGAGGGGCUUCAGUACUAUCGCACGAUGCAGACCAUUAGACGUAUGGAGCUCAAAUCUGAUAUACUCUACAAGCAGAGGGCCAUCAGGGGCUUCUGUCACCUUUAUGAUGGAGAGGAAGCAUGUGCAGUUGGUGUUGAGGCUGCUAUCAAACGAUCAGAUCAUCUAAUCACAUCCUAUCGUGCCCAUGGGUAUACUUACACUAGAGGGGGCACCGUUCGUGAGAUCAUGGCAGAGCUCACUGGUCGUAGAGGAGGUAUUGCCAAAGGAAAGGGAGGGUCUAUGCAUAUGUACAGUAAAAAAUUUUAUGGAGGAAAUGGAAUUGUGGGAGCUCAGGUGCCUCUUGGGGCAGGUGCAGCGUUUGCCUGCAAAUACCUGGGCACCAAGGAUCUGUGUGUCUGCAUCUAUGGUGAUGGUGCUGCAAAUCAGGGUCAGAUCUUUGAAACAUAUAAUAUGGCAUCUCUGUGGAAGCUGCCCUGCAUUUUCAUUUGCGAGAAUAACAAAUAUGCCAUGGGUACUUCUAUAGAGAGAGGGGCAUCUAGUACUGACUACUACAAGAGAGGCGCAUUCAUCCCUGGAAUAAGAGUGGAUGGCAUGGAUGUCCUUUGUGUAAGGGAGGCCACCAAAUUUGCUGCUGAACACUGCAGAUCAGGAAAAGGUCCUAUUUUGAUGGAGCUGCUGACCUAUCGUUUCCAUGGACACAGUAUGACAGACCCAGGAGUAAGCUAUCGCACACGUGAGGAGGUCCAUGACAUGCGCAGUAAGAGCGACCCCAUUACUUUGCUGAAGGAUCGCAUGGUGAGCAACAACAUGGUCAGCGUGGAGGAGAUUAAGGAGAUUGAUGUGGCGGUAAAGAAGGAGAUUGAAGAUGCUGCUGAGUUUGCCACCACAGACCCUGAGCCUCCACUGGAGGAACUUUGCAACAACAUCUUCUACAAUGAACCUCCUAUGGAAGUGCGUGGCACCAGUCCCUGGAUCAAGUUCAAGUCCGUCAGCUAAAUUGACUUCUUUAUCAUCCCAAGUUCCCUCCCCUUCCUACCAGUACACCUUCUCCUGUUGAAUGAUCACCUCUGAUGUGGCUAUAAGUUUCAUAGUCAGUUAUUGGGAAACUGAGCAAAAUCUCUCAGGUACACUGAGAUAAGUUGCCUCAUUUCACAUGUUAAUAUUAUCAUUGCCUUGUUUUCUUGUUGUCUUCAAUUACAACACUGACCCUCAAUAUAAAUUUUAAAAUGUAGAUUUGUUUUAUUUCAUCUGAUUGUUCAUGUUGUGAAUGAACAUGGUGGUCUUUAACUUGGAAUUAAUGGGACUUUGUAAAUGUCUGCAAUGCCUCCAUUGCUUAUUACCCAAUGUCCAUGUCAUGGCAGAAUAUUUAGCUCAUGUGAAUAAAUCACAAACACCAAAUAUUGCUGCUUUGUGUUAACACACACACUUCUCUCACUUUAUACAUCAGCAGGAGUGUGUUUUUGGCUAAGGUGUCUGAAAUUCAACCAUUUUGCAGUUCUAAUUUGACAAAAUAUUUAAAGGGGAAAAUUUAACAUUUCUAAAUCUGUGGCAAUAUUACAAGGGUUCCAAAUAUUACAGUAUUACAAUUUAAGUACAAAUGUAUUUCUGUUGUAUUUUAACACUCUUCAACACUCAAGAGUGUUUGAGUGUUAAACAUUCACAUAAAAAAAAAAGAUUUAAAAUAAACAGCUGAAAAUGUGACUUUAGAAUGGAAAAAAAUAAAAUUAUUUACCCUCACCCUCUUCAGCUUUUAUUUAAAACCGGGUGUUUGUUUUACAUGUAUUUUAUUGUGAGAAAUUGAAUUUAAUAAAAACAAUUGUAUUGGGAAUAUUCACAUUUGGCAUUUCCAGUGCAUUAAUGGUUGUUUUAAAAUAUUGUUUGUUUAACAUCUCUGAGAAUCAGGAAAGUAAAAAUUUAAAUAGGGAAAGUAAAAAAUUGUUUGCAAUAGUUGUUAGGAUGUUGUUGAGAUUUUAAAGGGGGCAUCAGAAUCACAAGGUUAAAACUUAAUGCCACAUUGACUAGGAGGAGUCACCAAGAGGCCAUGUAUGUUUCAUACAUUGUGAAUUUUAUGCCCUACAACUACAAAUAAAUGUUUCAAAUGCAA